AGAGAGGCAAAUUAGGGAUACUAGGUUUUUGCGCGCAUGGUGUAGUCUGGUAGGGCAUUUGGCAGGGCGCGGCGAUGGGGCUGUGGGACGCCUUCCUCAAUUGGCUUCGCAGUUUGUUCUUCACGCAAGAAAUGGAGCUCUCGCUGAUUGGACUCCAAAACGCUGGCAAGACGUCGCUGGUGAAUGUGAUUGCGACUGGUGGAUUCAACGAGGACAUGAUUCCAACGGUGGGAUUCAACAUGAGAAAAGUGACCAAAGGCAAUGUGACGAUCAAGCUGUGGGAUCUGGGCGGACAACCACGCUUCCGGAGUAUGUGGGAGCGCUAUUGCCGCGGAGUUUCAGCUAUCGUCUACGUUGUGGAUGCUUCUGAUAGAGAGAACGUCGCGAUUUCCAGGGACGAGCUCCAUGAUCUACUGGGAAAGCCAUCGCUAGCCGGAGUACCAGUGCUAGUUCUCGGUAACAAGAUUGAUAAGCCGGAUCAUCUCUCCAAGCAGGCUUUGAUCGAUCAAAUGAGCUUGCAAUCUCUGGCGGACAGGGAGGUUUCUUGCUACAUGAUCUCGUGCAAGAACUCCACCAACAUCGAAGUAGUCAUCGAGUGGCUCGUCAAGCACUCGAAAACGAAGAGCUGACGCGCGGAUCGAUCGAUUUCACUCCACUCCCUGGUAUGUAUUCUCCGCGAUUGAGGUGUGUCACAACGCAAUAAGGGGGGCCUGGGCUGGUCUGGGAAUUUUUGUAUAGCUUUGUAUCUAUCAUUCUUGCUAUGCUGCGCUCAGAAGUUCCUUC